CGCAGCUCGGCUCCCCGCCCUCCUCUCCUCACGUCCCGUUGUCUCGCUGGAGGAUGACUCGGUUGGAGGCUAGCGGCUAAGCGGCGGGUUUCUCCCCCUUGUCGUUCCGUGCUGGUCCCGUGGAGCCUCCCGUCCCGCCCGCCCGGUCCCGCCCGGUCCCGCCCGGUCCGGACCGCAGGUGCGCGCCGCCCGGAGCGGCCCGGCGCUCGGCGCGGAGAUGCAGCAGCUGUUAUGUAAGAGCGGAGCCGCUAACGUUAGCCCGCCGCCAUGAAUGACGCGCAGCAAGAAAUGUCUCCGGACUUCGUCCUGAUGCGGCUCGUCUCCGCCGCGGAGUACGACCGGCUGGACGAGCCCGACGACCUGAUCCGGUCCGGAGGCGGCGGGUUCGGAGCGGUGAAAGCCGCGCUGGGACGCCGCGGCGGCGGGUUCGAUGUGGACUCCAGCGGCCCGUCAGCAGGCCUCGGAUCCGCAUCCCCGCACUACAGUUCGCCGCUCCCCGGGAAGGGAGAGCUGGACGGCGGGCUGGGCUUGUCGCAGGGCCCGCCGAGCUCCGAGGCGCCGCGGUCCCCGCCGCCUGAGGACUUUGCCGCAGCGGCGCAGCGGUUCGUCGACGGUUCGGGCGGACACGGAUCCAGGGCGCAGCUGAUGGUGUUACAGAACCUGCUGCGGUCCGGAUUGGAGCAGCCGCCGCCAGUUGGGUUCCUGCAGGAGGAACCGGAGAGACAGAAGCUGGAGCCCGGUCCAGGUUCGGGUUCUGCCAGCACAGCUGGUUCUGGAGGCGGGAAAGAGCAGAACUCUGGCUGCGUCCCGUCCCCAGAGGACAACCUGCAGUGGCACCCGGUGGUCAGACUGUCCAAAGGGCCCGACGGGCCUCAGAACCUCCAGCCGGUCCCGGCCCUGGAUCCGGAGUCCAUCUCCAUCCUGUGCCACCGACACCAGAUGGCCAAGUGGCCCCCGGGUCUGCUGGACCAGGCCCUGCGCCUGGGCCUGCUGGAGCUCAGGAGAACCUGCCCGUCCGGGGCCGACGACCCGGUUCUGGUGCUGGCCCAGAAGCUGGGUCAGCUGGGCGAGGGCAGGGAGGGAGUGGGGGGAGGAGACGGGGUGCCUCCUCCCCCUCGCUGCCCCUGUCACAGCAUCCUGGCGGCGGGUCCGGUCGCCCCCGGAGACGACCCCAGCGACACCAGCGACGCUCUGCUGGUUCUGGAAGGCCUGGGGUCCGAGCAGGUCGGCGAGCUGGCGCAGGGGGGGGGCCGAAACGGCGAGGAGGAGGCCGGGAAGGGCGGCGCCGGGGGCCCGCCAGGGGGAGCCGGAACCGUGUUCGGCGCCGGAACGCUGAGCGGCCUGAUGCGACAGGUCCACAGACUGGCCGAGGAGGCGGGCGUCUGCACCGAGCCGACCUGCCGCGCCGCCCCCCACCCCGCGGCGCCACAGAGCCCCCCGGCCACCCGUGCCGCCCCCCCUGACCCGGGCCCGCGGCACCGGCACCAGUCCAGGUCCCAGCCGCAGAGCCGCGCCGCCACCCCGAAGCUCGGGGUGGCGGCGGGUGGCUCCGGGGGGACCUCCUCCCCUCUGACGGUCCUGGAGGGGGGAGGCGAUAGGACGCCGCGGAGGAAGUCCAGGAAGGGGGGGUCCCUGAAGGUCCGGCUCAGCAAGCUGUUCAGAACCAAGAGCUCCAGCGGCGGGUCGGGCGGCCUGCUGGACAAGCGGCCGUCGCUGGCGUCCUCCACCUCGUCGGGGGGGAGCCUGCUGGACGUGUGGGGGUCCACCUGCAGCAGCACCGACCAGGACAGGCUGCAGGGCUCCAGGCCUCAUGGUUCCUUCUCCCCGGUGCCGUUCAGUCCUGCUUUCACCGGUGAGACGGUCUCUCUGGUCGAUGUGGACAUUUCUCGCAGGGGGGGGGGCGCUCAGCACCCCCCCACGCCCCCCCCUCCCCGGCGGAGCCUCAGCCUGCUUGAUGAUUUUGGGGGUCCUCCCCAGCUCCAGGGGCCGUUCACGGAGCGCAGCGCCGGGGCCUCCAUGCAGUCUCUGCCCCCCCGUCCGCUGGCGUUGCACCCGACCCUGAGCACCAUCCAGCAUAGCCUGAGCCUCAACGACACGUUCCUGCGGGGUUUGCCCCGCCCGGUACCGCUGCGACCCGACGGGCAGAACCUGGCGCCGCGGCUCGCCCCGCGCUGCCCCCUCAUCCGGCCCGACGCCGGCAGCUUCGCCACCAGCCUCAGGGAGCUGGAGAAGUGCGGCUGGUACUGGGGUCCGAUGAACUGGGAAGACGCAGAGAUGAAACUGAAAGGGAAACCGGACGGAUCGUUUCUGGUGCGGGACAGUUCAGAUCCACGCUACAUCCUGAGUCUGAGCUUCAGGUCGCAGGGAGUCACACACCACACACGCAUGGAGCACUACAGAGGAACCUUCAGUCUGUGGUGCCACCCUAAGUUCGAGGACCGCUGUCACUCCGUGGUGGAGUUCAUCGAGAGAGCCAUCAUGCACUCCAAGAACGGAAAGUUCCUGUACUUCCUGCGCUCCCGAGUCCCAGGUCUGCCUCCCACUCCGGUGCAGCUGCUGUAUCCGGUCUCCAGGUUCAGCAGCGUCAAAUCUCUGCAGCAUCUGUGUCGCUUCUGCAUCAGGCAGCUGGUCCGCAUCGACCACAUCCAGGAGCUGCCGCUACCGACGCCGCUCAUCGCCUACCUGAGGAAGUUCUACUACUACGACCCGGAGGAGGAGAUCAGUGCGGCGCUGCUGGACGGGAAGGAGGCCAGGGAGCCCAGCAGCCAGCCGGGAGUCCGGUCCCAAACGUAGCACCGGAACCGGGCCGGACCGGGACGCACCUGGAGCCCACCCACAGGUCUUUUCUCUCUCUGCUGUCUGGACUCGACCACUGAAGGACGUUGAAACACUGAAACUGGACUCGGACUGCAGCCAAUGGGCUUCCUCCGCUCAGUGUCGUAUCCGGGCGGGUUUCAGAUGAUCCUGCCUCCUCUGAUUGGCUCGCAGGGAGUCACCAGGCAAGGGACAGGGGAUGAGGAGACUCCGCCUCCUUUUUGAUGUCAUCACUGAUCAGCUGGACUGAAGGGAGCGUGACGUCGCUGUCGGGACGGAGAGGAACCGUCAGUCGCCUCCAGGAUCCCAAAAAUGGCUGCGGAGCUCGACGUCCGGAACCGGGACGGUUCUGUCGGUUCUGGAUGGAUCAUAUGUUUACUUCCCUUUCUGCUGGAGCCUCAGCAGGGGGCGCUGUUCGGUGGUACCAUAUGUUGAUCAGCUGCUCUGAUAAUCAGCCAAUCAUCACUCAACUUUUAAAUCAGAUAUUCUGAAUCUUUAAUUACUUCUGUAAUUUUCAGACUUUUCUGCUUUUAAAAGAAAUUGAAGGAUAUUUUUCUGAAUCAAUGAACUGCAGCUUUAAACUCAAAGAUGGUUCAGGUAUUUACUUCUUCACCUGAAGUUUAGUUUCUUUCUGUUAUUAAAUGUGAUGAUUCUGGUAACCGGACCCGGAUUAAAUCCUCUGUCAGCUCGAAGUGGGCGGGGCUUUAAGGGGACGGAUCUCCAAGCCAAAACAUGAGGAAGAAGAUUUGAGUUUAAAUCUGCAGCUCAGUCUGGUCUGUUCUGCUGUUUGUCUCUCCGCUGGAUUAUGGAUAUUAAUGAAGCAUCAUCUGUUUUCUCUGACUUGUCCUGCUGCUGCUGCUGCUGCUGUUGCUGUUGAUGCAGCUGUUGCUGCAGCUGCUGCAGCUGCUGUUGCUGCGUUUGGUUCAGGUACGACUGCAGGUGUGAAGGGGGCGGAGCCUAGGUGAAGGUGUGAUGAUGAUGAAACUGAUUGGUGUAAAAGUUUCUGGUUCCAGGAACCGAACCUGAUCAGAACCUGAUCAGAACCUGAUCAGAACCUCUAGCAGCCAAUUCUUUGCAUUUUCAGCACUUUGAUUUUGGAAAAUGUUCAAAUUUAAAAUGUAAUUAAAAUUUUAAAUGCCAAGCUAUUCAUAUUUUUGAACGCAUUAGCUAAACUUAAAAAUGAAACUUUUAUUUCACCACUGAACAAUUUCUAAUAUCAGCCUGAAAUUAAUUAAGGUACAAAAUAAGAUAUGAAAUUAAAGAGGGAAGCAUUUUUUUAGAUUUAUUUAAGCAGUUUUAAAUAAAAACUCCUAUUUUUAGGUGUUAUUAUGUUUAAUUUUCUCUCUACUUGAUUUCUUGAGAUUAUUGAUUCUAGUUUCCUGGAGCUUCUUUGUGACCAGAACCCGACCGGUUCUGGUUCCUCCAUGUAGCGCCUUGUUCACAUCAGUUUUUACAAUCAGUUCUGGUUCUGGUUCUGGUUCUGGUUGUUUGGGAGAUUUAUCCGACCUGUUUGGACUCAUUCCUGGUUCUGAGGAAUGAAGCGGCAACAGAUGGAUGAUGUUCCCAGCUGUUGUUGUUGGGAUGUUUGGAGCGUCACUCGCUGUCGGGGAUCCAGAUCCUGGAGGCGACGGUCGCGCCGCCACGGCAACAUUACCAAAACACUUAGAGCAGGGUUACCAUGACGACUACUGAGCUACAACCACGUCAGCAUCCUCCAGUUUCCGGGAGGACGGACACUGGGAACUCUGGGAAAACUGGAGGCGGGACCCAGACGUCCUGCUCGGACACUUCCAUGAUGUCAAACGGUUGUAAAUGUUGUUGGUGUGUCGUUAAUAAAACACGCUGGGGAUGAACGUCUGUCCUCAAUGAGACAAAAACC